GGAAAUGACAUCACAAGCUCUGAGUUGGGACCUGAUGCCAAAAACACCCCAAAAACAGUUCAGGAACAGAUGGGUACAGAUAUAUAUUGACACCAGCGACAGGUCACAGUCCAGUUGCUGAUGUUACAAAACCGAUGGUGCAAGACAGACUACUAGACUGCUGUCUGAUUUGAGGAACUCUAUAGGUCAACAAUGAGACAGGCCACAGGACACAGCAGUGACAACCAGAGCAACAAUGCAACUCAGACUGGAUCUGUUGUUUUUCUCUCCAACCCUUUGAUGAGUGGUGAGUAAUAGACUGCUUGGUGCGAUACACUAAAAGUAUCCACUUGUCUAUAUCCAUGCUUUGGCUAAUUAAUGUAUGUAUAUUUGAAUUAUCUUAUGCAUGUUGUUCUUCUCUUGUAAGAUAUUGAGUCAGAUUGGUCCCCCAUUCAUGAUAGGGGGCUCUGUCAUAGCCGGCCGCGACCGGGAGACCAAUGGGGCGACGCGCAAUUGGCCCAGCGUCGUCCAGGGUAGGGGAGGGAAUGGCCUGCAGGGAUGUAGCUCAGUUGAUAGAGCAUGGUGUUUACAACGCCAGGGUUGUGGGUUUGAUUCCCACAGGGGGUAUGAAAAAAAUAAAAAAUAAAUAUGAUUACAAUGUGACAGACAGAGGAGUGUUAACCUUCACAGCAGGCUAUAACAAGUACUUUUGUUGGUUUUGAUAGGAUGGUAGAGGGAUGUGGCAAGAUGUAUUGGAUGUAAGAUAAGAGCUGUUCAGUAGAGCUGAUGAGUGCAUGUUGUUGUCUGUGGUACCAGGUGAACGUCCCCACAUUGGAGCGGACCACCCCCCUGUCAGAGGCCUGUGCACAGGGCCACGCGGUCUGUGUGACCCUGCUCCUCCAGCACGGAGCCUCACCCCAAGGAUCCAGCCUCUCAGCCUCCCACAUCCACCAGGCCACAGCCAAAGGUCAGGGUUCACAUUCUGAAGGACGUACUGCUAAUAGAUAGAUAGAUCCUCUGUGGUUAGUGUCAGGAGUGCUGUAUGUGGAAGGUGCGGGAAUCAGGCGCAGGACACAGAAGCUUCGUUCAACACAGUCUUUAGUAGAUCAAUACGAGCAAAAGUGCCCGGAGACGAGCGAUACGCACACAGGCGUAAACUAACAGGAAAAAUACUAACGCGCACAACAAGUGCGAAAACCUCUCCUAAAACACAAGGAGGGAAAACCAAUACAGACACGAAGACAGGAAGCUCAAUAACACAUAACACAUGACUAAGAAAACGAGAACUUAUAGGACACAUAAUCAACGCUAACUAACCACAGGUGUACAACAAUCAGACAAAAGCAAACGAACAUAGAAACAUACAACGGUGGUAGCUAGUACUCCGGGGACGACGACCGCCGAAACCUGCCCGAGCAAGGAGGAGGAGCAGCCUCGGCAGAUUCCGUGACAGUACCCCCCCCUUGACGCGUGGCUCCAGCCGUGCGCCGACCCCGGCCUCGGGGACGACCAGGAGGACGCGCGUAGGGUGACUACGGUGGAACUCAGUCAGGAGAGACGGGUCUAGGAUGUCCCUCCUCGGCACCCAGCACCGCUCCUCCGGGCCGUACCCCUCCCACUCCACAAGAUAUUGGAGACCCCCCAUCCGACAUCUCGAAUCCAAGAUGGACCGAACUGUGUACGCCGGAGCCCCCUCGAUGUCCAAUGGGGGCGGAGGAGUCUCUGCUAUCUCACCUUCCUGGAGUGGACCAGCUACCACCGGCCUGAGAAGAGACACAUGGAACGAGGGGUUAAUAUUCUUAUACUCAAUAGGUAGUAGUAACCUGUAACACACCUCGUUCAAUCUCCUCAGGACUUUAAAGGGCCCUACAAACCGCCGACCCAGCUUCCGGCAGGGCAGGCGGAGGGGUAGGUUUCUGGUCGAGAGCCAGACUCGAUCUCCAGGUGCGUACACCGGCCCCUCACUGCGGUGGAGAUCGGCGCUCGCUUUUUGUCGACGGAUGGCCCGCUGCAGAUGGACGUGUGCAGCGUUCCACGUCUCCUCCGAGCGCCCUACCCACUCAUCCACCGCAGGGGCCUCGAUCUGGCUCUGAUGCCACGGUGCCAGAACCGGCUGGUAACCUAACACACAUUGGAAAGGGGUUAGGUUGGUGGAGGAGUGGCGAAGAGAAUUCUGGGACAUCUCUGCCCAGGGAAUAUACCUCGCCCACUCCUCCGGCCGGCCCUGGCAAUACGACCUCAGAAACCUACCCACAUCCUGGUUCACACGUUCUACCUGCCCAUUACUCUCCGGGUGGUACCCCGAGGUAAGGCUCACCGAGACCCCCAGGCGCUCCAUGAACGCUCUCCAGACUCGGGAGGUGAACUGGGGACCUCGAUCAGACACUAUAUUCUCGGGUACCCCGUAAUGCCGGAAGACGUGGGUGAAUAGUGCCUCAGCGGUCUGCAAGGCAGUGGGAAGACCUGGCAUUGGGAGAAGACGACAGGCUUUAGAGAACCGAUCCACAACGACCAGUAUGGUGGUAUUCCCCUGAGAGGGGGGAAGGUCUGUAACAAAGUCCACCGAGAGGUGAGACAAGGGUUGUUGUGGAACGGGCAGGGGUUGUAACUUACCCCUGGGCAGAUGUCUGGGCGCCUUACACUGGGCGCACACCGAACAGGAGGAGACAUAAACCCUCACAUCCCUGGCUAACGUUGGCCACCAGUACUUAGCGCUAAGGCAGUGCACAGUCCGGCCAAUACCUGGAUGUCCAGAGGAGGGUGACGUGUGAGCCCAAUAAAUAAGUCGAUCCCGAACCUCGAGCGGAACGUACGUCCGACCCACCGGGCACUGUGGAGGACUAGGGUCGGUACGCAACGCCCGCUCGAUUUCAGCAUCGACCUCCCACACUACCGGUGCCACUAGACAAGACUCCGGCAGUAUGGAAGUGGGCUCAACGGACCUCUCCUCUGUGUCAUACCGCCGGGACAGGGCGUCUGCCUUACCGUUCUGGGACCCAGGGAUGUACGUGAUUUUAAAUACAAACCGGGUUAGAAACAUGUUCCACCGAGCCUGGCGAGGGUUCAGUCUCCUAGCUGCCCGAAUGUACUCCAGGUUACGGUGGUCAGUCAAAAUGAGAAAAGGGUGUUGAGCCCCCUCAAGCCAAUGUCUCCACACCUUUAGGGCUUGAACCACGGCUAACAGCUCCCUGUCUCCUACAUCAUAAUUACGCUCCGCCGGGCUGAGCUUUUUAGAGUAGAAAGCACAGGGGCGGAGUUUAGGUGCCGUGCCGGACCGUUGUGAUAGCACGGCCCCUAUACCGGCCUCAGACGCGUCCACCUCUACCUGAAAUGGUAAGGCGGGAUCCGGAUGCGCAAGCACUGGAGCCGAGGUAAACAGGGCCUUCAGUCUCCCAAAUGCCCUGUCCGCCUCCGCUGACCACUGCAAUCGCACCGGACCCCCCUUCAGAAGAGACGUUAUGGGAGCUGCCACCUGUCCAAAACCCCGGAUAAACCUCCGGUAGUAAUUCGCAAAACCCAAUAACUGCUGCACCUCUUUCACGGUGGUUGGGGUUUGCCAAUUACGCACGGCUGAUACCCGGUCAACCUCCAUCUUCACCCCUGACGCGGAUAACUGAUAACCCAGAAAGGAGACCGACUCCUGGAAAAACAGACAUUUCUCUGCCUUGACAUACAGGUCGUGCUCCAACAGCCUACCCAACACACGACGCACCAGGGCUACAUGCUCGUCUCGGGUAGGCGAGUAAACCAGGAUGUCAUCUAUGUACACGACCACACCCUGCCCCUGCCCCUGCAAAUCUCAUCCACGAAGGAUUGGAAGACUGAAGGAGCAUUCAUCAUACUCGUAAUGACCCGAGGUGGUACUAAAUGCCGUUUUCCAUUCAUCGCCCUCCCUAAUGCACACCAAGUUAUAUGCGCUCCUGAGAUCCAGUUUCGUGAAGAAACGGGCUCCGUGCAAAGACUCAGUCAUAGUCGCAAUCAGAGGGAGUGGAUAACUGUACUUCACAGUGAUCUGAUUGAGACUACGGUAAUCUAUGCAAGGGCGCAACCCUCCAUCCUUUUUCUUCACAAAAAAGAAGCUCGAGGACGCAUGGGAAAAUGGAGGGCCGUAUGUAUCCUUGUCUUAGAGAUUCGGCUAUGUAAGUUUCCAUAGCCCUCUUCUCCUCUUGGGACAGAGGAUACACAUGGCUCCGCGGAAGCGCUGCUCCUGCCUGGAGGUCUAUCGCACAAUCCCCCUGUCUAUGAGGAGGCAAACGCGUCGCCCUCGAUUUACUAAACACAAGUGCCAAAUCCUCAUACUCAGUGGGAAUGCGCAGUGAGGACACCUGGUUUGGACUCUCCACCGAGGUCGCCCCCACGGAAACACCCAAACAUCUCCUCUCACACUGGGCAGACCUACUCCUUAAGAGCCCUCUCUUGCCACGAAAUAGAAGGAUCAUGGGUACUCAACCAGGGAAUUCCCAGCACCACCGGAUACGCAGGAGAGUCGAUAAGAUAUAGCUGGAUAGUCUCCUCAUGACCCCCCUGCGUACACAUCCUAAGUGGCGCUGUGACUUCCCUGAUCAACCCCGAUCCCAACGGACGGCUAUCUAGGGCAUGAACAGGAAAUGGGAUGUCAACAGGAAGUAGGGGAAUCCCUAAUUCUAAACAAAAUUUACGAUCAACAAAAUUCCCAGCUGCGCCUGAAUCUACUAGCGCCUUAUGCUGGGAAUGAGGUGCAACCUGUGGAAAUCGCACAGGUAUACAGAAGUGCACAACAGAGAGCUCUGGGUAAGUGGGACGCCUACUCACCUGGAAGGACUCCCCAGUGCAGGGCCUGCCGUCCUCUCCCCUAGGAGACCCUCCCCAACACCUGGCCGCGGUGUGUCCUCUACGGCCACAGUUGGUGCAGGGGAUGGCCCCCCUCGUGCUCCUUCCCCUCUUCUCUCUAGCGCCAGCACCCCCGAGCUCCAUAGGGCUCGGCUCGGAGGUGCUGGAGGGUGGAAUGGACGAACCCCACUCGGAACGUCCGCGGGUGGCCAGCAGGGUGUCCAGCCGGACGGACAUGUCCACCAACUGGUCGAACGUGAGACUGGUAUCCCUGCAGGCCAGCUCUCGACGGACGUCCUCCCGAAGACUACAACGAUAAUGAUCGAUGAGGGCCCGCUCAUUCCACCCUGUGUCAGCCGCUAGAGUCCGGAACUCCAGUGCAAAUUCCUGGGCGCUCCUCCUCCCCUGCCGGAGGUAGAAUAGACGCUCCCCCGCCGCUUUCCCCUCAGGUGGAUGGUCGAACACAGCCCUGAAGCGGCGGGAGAACUCCGCGUAUGUGAUCGUGGCGGCGUCUAUCCUCCUCCAUUCGGCGUUGGCCCACUCCAACGCCUUGCCGGUGAGACAGGAGAUGAGGGCGGAAACGCUCUCGUGUCCCGAGGGCGCCGGGUGUACGGUGGCCAGGUAUAGUUCCACCUGCAGGAGGAACCCCAGACACCCGGCAGUGGUACCAUCAUACGCCCUCGGGAGCGAGAGCCGAAUCCCACUGGGUUCCGGAGCUUGGAUGGGCGGACUGGCCGAUGGUGAUGGCAAGGUAGGGGGAGAUGUGGGUGCCCCUCUGUUCUCCCAUCGGUGCAGUGUUUAUAACGUCCUGAAGGGCGGUCCCGAUGCGGUUGAUCUGGUCAUUCUGCUCGCGGACGCGCUCCUCCAGGGACUCGGAUGCUAGUGCUGUUUCCGCUGAUUCCAUCUUGGUGUGUUAUUCUGUCAGGAGUGCUGUAUGUGGAAGGUGCGGGAAUCAGGCGCAGGACACAGAAGCUUCGUUCAACAGUCUUUAGUAGAUCAAUACGAGCAAAAGUGCCUGGAGACGAGCGAUACGCACACAGGCGUAAACUAACAGGAAAAAUACUAACGCGCACAACAAGUGCGAAAACCUCUCCUAAAACACAAGGAGGGAAAACCAAUACAGACACGAAGACAGGAAGCUCAAUAACACACAACACAUGACUAACAAAAUGAGAACUUAUAGGACACAUAAUCAACGCUAACUAACCACAGGUGUACAACAAUCAGACAAAAGCAAACGAACAUAGAAACAUACAACGGUGGUAGCUAGUACUCCGGGGACGACGACCGCCGAAACCUGCCCGAGCAAGGAGGAGCAGCCUCGGCAGAUUCCGUGGCAGUUAGGGUUGCAAAAUUCUGGGAACGUUCAAUAAAUUCCCUGGUUUUCUAGAAAUCCUGGUUGGAGGGUAACAGAUUUUCCUGCUUAAUCCCUCCUGACACCGGGAAUCCUCCAACCGGGAUUUGGGGAAAACCAGAGAAUGUAUUGAAAGUUCCUGGAAUUUUGCAACCCUAUCCGUGGUGCAUCAGCCAAGGCAGUAGCCACGUGAUUCACUGAAGACUGCACUGCAGCUUGUGCCAAAGUAGUAAAGGGAAAAUCCCUGUAGGGAUGACAAAAUGUUGGAGAAAAUAGCAUUAUGAAGGGAUCAUGAUGCAUUACUUUUUUCUCUCUCAAAGGUUAAUAUACAGUAGCUACAGCACUUUGACAAAGAUGAAAGUCAAAACGUGUCAGCUUUUAUAAAAUAAAAAAGGGCACCAUUACCUAAAAACGUACUGUUGUUGAAGCAUUUUAUGGGAGAUGCUGCCACCAUUUGUUAAACCAUGGUCACGUUGAUUUAUUUUGUUAUGAUAAGUGUCAUGAAAUGUAUCAUUCCCUAGAUUUAGAUACUGUAAGCACUUUUUCAAAGCAGAUCCCACACACUGUUCUUUAUUUCUUGAUGAUAUCGCUGUCCAGGUCACCCAGAGUGCAUUGAGUCUCUGGUUCAUCACGGGGCAGAUGUCAAUCAACACACUGACCAAUCAGGCUCCCCACUCUACACUGCCUGCACCAAUCAGCAUCUGAGCACUGUGAAGAAAUUGGUUCAGCUAGGUAUGAAAGUGGAUUCUCUUCCUUUUGUUAUUAUUACACAGAUACUGUAGAAUCUGCACUAGACAUUGACCAGUGUGCUUCUAUCACAAGGUUCUGCAGUAUAUAAUACAUUUUACCAAGGCACAUUACAUACACUACAUGACCAAAAGUAUGUGGACACCUGGUUGUCGAACAUCUCAUUCCAAAAUCAUGGGUAUUAAUAUGGAGUUGGUCCCCCCUUUGCUGUUAUAACAGCCUCCACUCUUCUGGGAAGGCUUUCCACUAGAUGUUGGAACAUUACUGCGGGGACUUGCUUCCAUUCAGCCACAAUAGUAUUAGUGAGAUCGGGCACUGAUGUUGGGCGAUUAGGCCUGGCUCACAGUCUGCGUUCCAAUUCAACCCAAAGGUGUUUGAUGGGGUUGAGGUCAAGGUUCUGUGCAGGCCAGUCAAGUUCUUCCACACCAAUCUCGACAAACUAUUUCUGUAUGGACCUCACUUUGUGCAUGGGGGCAUUGUCAUGCUGAAACAGGAAAGUGCCUUCCCCAAACUGUUACCACAAAGUUGGAAGCACAGAAUCGUCUAGAAUGUCAUUGUAUGCUGUAGCAUUAACAUUUCCCUUCACUGGGACUAAGGGGCCUAGCCCAAACAAUGAAAAGCAGCCCCAGACCAUUAUUCCUCCUCCACCAAACUUUACAAUUGGCACUAUGCAUUGGUACACGUAAAGUUCUUCUGGCAUCCACCAAACCGUCGGACUGUCAGAUGGUGAAGCGUGAUUCAUCACUCCAGAGAAUGCGUUUCCUCUGCUCCAGAGUCUAAUGGCGAUGAGCUUUACAGCACUCCAGCCGACGCUUGGCACUGAGCAUGGUGAUCUUAGGCUUGUGUGUGGCUGCUCGGCCAUGGAAACCCAUUUCAAGAAGCUCCUGGCGAACAGUUCUUGUGCUGACGUUGCUUCCAGAGGCAGUUUGGAACUCGGUAGUGAGUGUUGCAACCGAGGACAGAAGAUUUUCACGCGCUGCGCACUUCAGCACUCGGUGGUUCCAUUCUGUGAGCUUGUGUGGCCUACCACUAAGCGGCUGAGCCGUUGUUGCUCCUAGACGUUUCCACUUCAUAAUAACAGCACUUACAUUUGACCGGGGCAGCUCUAGCAGGGCAGAAAUUUGACAAACUGACUUGUUGGAAAGGUGGCAUCCUAUGACGGUACCACGUUGAAAGUCACUGAGCUCUUCAGUAAGGCCAUUCUACUGCCAAUGUUUGUCUAUGGAGAUUGCAUGGCUGUGCACUCGAUUUUAUACACCUGUCAGGAAUAGCUGAAUCCACUAAUUUGAAAGGGUAUCCACAUACUUUUGUAUAUAUAGUGUAGGUUGAGGCUGAUUCACCUGGCACUGUUAUAUGACAUUUACUGUACAUACAAAAUCCAUACAUUUUCCACACAAUAUCCAUAAAUAUACACUCUCGGUCAGGUGCUAGUGUGAACAGCAGUAAGGAUGGGGAUUCUCCUUUGCACGUGGCAGCCCGUCUGUCCAACCCUGAGCUGAUGUCUGUUCUGCUGGAGCAUGGGGCUGACUGCAGCAGCAGAGACACACAGGGCAAACGGCCCCUGGACCUGGCCUCUCCCAACAGCCCCGUGGAGAAACUAGUGCUGGGCCACAGAGCAGGUAGCUAGUCCCCCAAUGGAUCUAUCUGAUACACAAGAUUUUGGUGGUGUUUUGAACUGCUUGUAUACUUGAAAUUAAACCUAUCAUACAUAUGCUGGUGUUUGUGAAAGGGUUAUUGGUUCUUGCAAUGUGAUACCAUGAUAUAGUAAUAGAUUUUGAUACUAUUUACACUGUUCUUGUAUCAUUUAAAACAUCUAACCCUGAAAAUGUAUUUCUGUCGUUCUAAAUUAUGAUUUCUUCUUGGAUGCCUGGCCAGGAGUGUCUCGUCUGAUGCAGCUGUGCCAACUGUCCAUCAGGAAGAUUUUGGGAAAGGCCAGACUUAGUUCAAUCCAUGGUCUCCAGAUCCCCACAGAACUGAAACAAUACCUUCUGCACCAAUCAUAA